UGUAACCGCUCGCUGAUACGCAAUCUACAUUUCAGUCUGCCCCCAAAGUGGGAUUUAGGUCAUCUUGAAGGCAGUGCAUUCUGAAGGACAGGGAGAUCUGUUAAAUGAAAUGUGACACUUGUCAAAGGGAGACAAAGGGUUAAAGACCCAGUCAGCAGAUGUGGGCCAGACUGGGGAGAGGGAACACCCAGCUGAGAAUUGAAUCUUUGCCUGUCAGUGUUGUAGACUGGGACAGGGAGAGAGACAGAGAGAGAACACACACAGAACGAUGGAGAUUUCAAAUAAGCUGCUGUCCGCACAGUGCUGCUCCUACUUACUGGCUCUGCUCUUCUCUCUGUUUGUGGUGGUGCCCCUGGCAGAGAACGGAAGAGAAUUCAAAGGGAGAUGCCUGCUCUUCAGCCGGGCCUUCUGGAGGGAGGAGAACAGCACCGGCUCGCUUAUCAAUCGUUUUGUGGUGGAGGAGUGGGGGCCCUCGGCUGCCUGCCAGUUCUGCACCUUUGUGGGAUUCUUCACCCUCAUCUUCUGCGCUGUGCAGGCCUGGAGGACUCUGUUCUACCUCUGCAAAGGGCAUGAUGACACGUUCUUCUCGGCUUUUCUGAACCUGCUGCUGAGCUGCUCGGUGUUGUUCCUUACCAUUGUAGCCUGUGUGAUGAUCAGCGUGGGUUUCAACAUCUGGUGUGAUGUGGUCACCAACCACGGCAGUAUGCCCAUGAGAUUACAGAAGGACCUAUCACAAUAUUUGCUGGAAAGUAAUAGGUCAUACUUUCUGAGGCGUGGCAAUCUUACACAAGUUGCCAUCAUCUCUGUGCUGAGUAAACUAUCCACAUGUUCAAAUUCCAUUUACCAGCACUCGGUCCGUAGCCUCAUAGGUUCCAGCCCUUCAGAGACAGACCCAGGUUCAUUUUUAAAUGAGGUGAAGGGUUUCUGCCUCAAACACCGAACUGAGAGGUGA